AGUCGCCGUCAGUUGCAGUCGGCCGCGAUGUUGCCGCAAGCAUGACCACCUAAUCCCAGAGCUGUAUGCGUUUCCGGGAACUCCGGGUCAGUCAGUUAACGGCCCGUUUCGUUCGAUCUUGCACUCAGUUGUUCAAUACUCUAGUGAAGAUGGACAAUUUGAACAUACUAAACAUUCGAGACCCACUAGUAGACCUUGUGGAGAGUAGCGAUGAAGAAAUUCCAUCGUUGUCAAAAAUGUUGUCCGUUGAAGAAAUGCUUCUAGUUAAAGGCAGACAAGAAAAGUCGUUGGGCAAUCUGGCUACCAAAUUUGCAGAUCUCCUUAGAAACUCUCCUGAUGGAAUAAUGCAUUUGAAUAAAGCAACUGCUAUGCUUGCUGUUAAACAAAAACGACGAAUUUAUGAUAUUACUAAUGUGUUAGAAGGUAUUGGAUUGAUCGAAAAAAAAACAAAAAAUCAAGUUAGAUGGAGGGGAGUUGAAACAAGUGAAGAUGAAAAAACUGCUGAAAUGAGAUCAAAACUUCAAGAAGAAAUACAAACAUUAAAAUGGCAAGAAGAUAUACUAGAUAAACAAUUAGAGAUUCUAAGUCGUGAUUUUAAAGUGCUUAAAGAAGAAAAAUCGUUUGCUCGUUAUAUGUAUUUAUUGAGUAGUGAAAUCUCUAACCACCAAGAAAAACGAUCAGUUUUUACAGUACAACCUAUGGAAGCUCUUAGAGGAGCUAGUAUUUCCAUUCCAAGAACCAAAUUUAACCGAAACUAUAAUACUAAAUCAUAUGAUAGCAGUAUGCCAUUUAGAAUACAUUUUAACUCUAAAACUGUUCCAGUUAAUAUGAACAUUAUUUCAUUCAAAGCUUUUGGCCAAUUUGAGCGAAAAAGAUGUAUCUCAGACACUGUUAGUAAAUUAAAAAAAGUUCCUCGUAAUAAUUUUUCUGAUGUGCCAUCAAGUAUUAAUAAUAUUUUACAGUAUACUGAAGAAACUGAUGAAGUAGAAGAAAUUAUUGUUUUAAAUAAAGAGGGUGAACAGGUGGAAAAAAAUUUAAAUAGUGAUAUGUCUGAACACAAUGAUAGUAACUCUCAUGUUAAAGUUCCUCCACGCUAUGAUCCAGUAUUCCGGUUAAGCCCUCCUCCUUCACCUAAUAUUUUUCCGUGUUUAAUUGAUCCAUCACAGGGUGCAUUUGAAGCAUUUGAUAUAAAACCAAAAUAACAAGAACUUUAAUUCCUUUACCUACUUUGUUUAAUUAUGUUGAUUACUACAUAUUUUGAAUGUUGUAAUUAAUGCCAUCAUGUUAAUAUAUUACCAAAAUAUUUAAU